UACGUAAUCCGUGGACUAGUUCCAUUUAAAUCGUACACAUACAAAUACAACAUUCGAUAUGGAGAUGAUUGCAAAUUACCUUUAGAUAUGUUCGGUUUUUUCUGGACACUACCCGACGUACCUAGCGAGGCUCAAAAUAUUUUAUUGGCGGUCAAAGAGAAUGCACUCAACGUAACAUGGGAGCGGCCAAAAUAUCUAAAUGGUAUAUUCCUGCAUUACACAGUACUGUGGAAAAAAACUGGUUUGGGAGAGAAAUACGCAAAGAGAAAUAUCACCUCCACAAAUCUCAUCAUAGAAAACUUACUUGGCUAUACUUCAUAUGAUGUCAAACUGCGCUGUGUAAAUCACUUUGGGACUAGUAAUAGCUCUAAACCAAUCUCAGCUACAACUGAAAAAGGACUUGGACCAUAUAUUCGUAUUCAGACAGUCAAUUCGCAAUUAGCCGCCAGUAAUUUCACGGGAUUUGGUAAAGUGGAUAUAACAUGCACUGGGGAAGGAAAUAAUGCAACAAAGAUCCGCUGGGUCAGAAUAAGUAGGAACGGUAGCAUUAUCACUUUGAAUACAACUCACUUUGACUGGAAAAGCAGCGAGAACAGCCCAAGUGGUACAUGGAAAGCCGUGUUAAUUGAUAAUCCGCGAGAUCGAGACAAAUUUCCCUAUAGAUACCUUUGCGCUGUGGUGAACCAUUGUUGCCUAAUGAAAAUUUCAUCACCAAUAACCAUACGACACACUUCUCGACCAGUUCACAGUUGCCCAACGUCAGGAGUAACGAAGCCAAUACGUGCCGACGUUUUUCCAAGUAGACGUUCAGUAAAAUUAUUUUGGCAAUACCAUAAUGAUCCAGAAGAUAAUGGUUUCAGGUUUACAGUUUGUCGAAUACAAACAGAAAAUUUGGACAUCAGUCAGCGAGAAUACCAAAUUCAUAAUUUGGUACCGUACACAGUGUACAAUUACAGCUACGGAAUACUGUAUGGGCCUGGAUGCAAAACAAAGACUUUAAGUGGUCAAUUUAUUACUUUAUCAGAUUAUCCUGGCAUACCUCGAAACAUAGUGGUAAAUGUUGAAGGAAAUUCUCUUAACAUAUCAUGGCUGCGACCUGAAUACCUUAACGGUGAAUUUAAACAUUAUGUAUUGUCUUGGAAAAGGAGCUCUGAAAAAUAUUCGAAAGUUAACGUCACGUCAACACAAUAUAUUUUAAGAAAUUUAUAUAAAGUUGGUGCGUACUCAAUCAAACUUCAGGCAGUUAAUGAUGUAGGCGUUGGAAACAGCUCUGCUUCGGUGUCGGCAGAAAUUGCUCCAGCUGGACGAUCUGAAUCUCAAAGUUCUAACGCUGGGGCUAUCGCAGGUGGUACAAUUGCGGCACUACUAGUCGUGAUAUUUGCCCUGCUGGUCUUGUAUCAACUACGAAAAAGAAACUUGCAGAGAGAGCGCAGCAAAUCAAUCGAGACAUUUCUUUCUUGGCGUCUUAAUCGUGUCGACAAUCCAAACAACAGAAAUAGUAUGUUCACAGAACAACAAUCGUGUAGUAGCAAUGUUGAAAAUCUCGCUGUGAAACAAGAUGUGGCCAUGGAGGAAAGCAUUUCAUAUAUUGUUUUGCUUGAGUCUUGGGAGAUCGCACCAGAUAAACUCAAGUUGCUGGACAAAAAACUAGGAGGAGGGCAAUUUGGAAUUGUUAAGCAAGGAUUAUUAACAAUUGACAAAAAAGAUCCUGAGAUUGUUGCUGUAAAAAUGUUAAAAAGUGGUGCCAGUGAGACUAAUCUCCAAGAAUUGAUGACGGAACUAACAAUACUAAAGGAAGUAAACAAAAUUCCCCACCCUAAUGUCAUAAAAUUGAUUGGUGGCUGUACAAUAGAAGGAAAGCUUCAUUUAAUUACGGAAUUUUGUCCUGGUGGAAGUCUACGCAGUUUACUGAUCAACAGUCGAAUUCAACGAAAAGAAGAAGACUUCCCAGCUAAAUAUGUUAACUUGGCGUCGACCUUAAAUCAUGGUCAAUUGCUAAAAAUUGCUGCAGAUAUUUCAAAUGGAAUGAUCCAUCUUUCUUCCCAAAGGAUUGUUCAUCGUGAUUUGGCCGCUAGAAAUAUUCUUAUUGGUGACGAUAAUUUGGCAAAAGUUUCUGAUUUUGGUUUGGCGAGAGAUGUUGGUGGCGCUAAGGAAUACAUAAAAAACCAUCAGAAUUUGCUUCCCAUAAAAUGGAUGGCCUUGGAAAGUCUUCUUCAUGAUCGCUUUACAACUGCUAGUGAUGUGUGGAGUUUUGGCGUACUACUUCAUGAAAUUACAACACUAGGAGAGGAGCCUUACAAAAACAUUUCCCCUUACAAUAUUGUUAGUCAUGUGGGGUCUGGUUGUCGCAUGUCACAGCCGCAACAUUGUUCUGAUGAAGUGUACGGAAUAAUGUCAAAUUGUUGGAAAGUUGAGCCUUCAGAGAGACCAAAAUUUGAGGAAAUACAUGAAUUGCUUAAAAACAUGAUGCUGGAUAAUGAGGAGCUAUAUUCAGUGCCAUCUCCGCUAGCUCUUCGGCACAUUGAUGGUAAUCAUAUAUUGAUCAGGUGGAGGUUUGUCAUCCAUGGAGGAAUUGAUGGGUUUUUGCGUAUGAUUGUUUUUUGUCCUGUUUCAUCAAUAACAAAGCUGCCACAGUUUUUUCACACUUCGAGCAAGCAUGCCGUUACUCAGUAUGGGCUACCAUCAUGGGUCCGGUCAGACAAGGGAGGUGAGAAUGUUGACGUGGCCUGGUUUAUGUUGACUCAUCCACUAAGAGGGCCUGACUGGGAAAGUCACAUUACAGGACGUAGUGUCCACUAUCAGAAAAUCGAAAGGUUGUGGAGGGAUGUGUUCUCUGGUUGUACCAGUUUAUUCUGGCUGUUUAUCCAGUCGGGUAUCCUAGAUGUCUCAAACGAGUGUGAUUUAGCAGCUUUGCAAUUUGUAUACGCGAAGAAAAUAAAUGAAAGUUUGGCAAUAUUUAAAGAUGGGCACAACAGUGCACCAAUCAGCACAGAAAAAAACAGAGUCCAGAGCAGCUGUGGAUAA